AUGUCUCAACCUCAAACCUCUGUUUGUUCUCAUUCAACAACAACCACAACAACUUUUUCGGAAUCUCUACCACCACUCUUACAACAUGAAAAGAUUAUUAUUAUUGAUUUCGGAUCACAGUAUACUCAACUCAUUGCAAGAAAAAUCAGAGAAUUGAAUGUUUAUUCAGAAAUUUAUCCAUUUGAUAAAUUGGAAAGACACGUCAAGGAAAAGAAGAAUUUGGAUGAGUUUUUUGAAAGAGUGAGAGGAGUAAUUUUAUCGGGAUCUCAUCAUUCGGUCGAUGACGAAAAUUCUCCACGCGUGUACGAUGAAGUUUGGAAAUAUAUUCAAGACAAGUCGGUACCAUUGUUGGGAAUUUGUUUUGGUGCUCAAUUAUUGGCUUAUUUGCAUGGAGAGAAGGUUGUUUCUGCAGUUGUCAGAGAAUAUGGACGAGCUCAUUUACAUGUCACUGAUCCUGAAUGUGAAUUAUUUAAAGGACAUGAAUGCAGUGACAAAAUUGAUCAGUCACAAAUUUGGAUGUCUCAUGGUGACACCAUUUUCAUUGAAAAUGAACCAUCCUCUUCCCAAUUACAAGUCGUUGCUAAAACCAAUUCCAUUCCAGUCGCUACUUUUAAAAUCAAGUCCAAAAACAUGUACGGUGUUCAAUUCCAUCCAGAAGUCCAUCAUUCCAUUUAUGGAAGUGUUUUGUUACGAAACUUUUUAGUGAACGCUUGUGGAUGCAAAUUGGAAUGGACUCCAGCUCAUUUCAUUGAUGAAACCGUUCAAAAUUUGAAGUCAACCAUUGGCGAAAGUGAUCAUGUCGUUAUGGCAUUGAGUGGAGGCGUCGAUUCUACCGUGGCAGCUGUCUUGUUGCAAAAAGCAGUUGGAAAUCGAUUGCAUUGCAUUUUCGUAGAUAAUGGACUUUUGAGAAUGAAUGAAUUUGAACAAGUAUUGCAAACCUAUAAGGAAAAUUUGCAUCUUAAUGUGAAAGGUAUUGAUGCGUCGCAAUUAUUCUAUGAUGCAUUGAAAGAUGUCUCUGAUCCAGAGAAGAAACGAAAAAUUAUUGGAGCCAAAUUCAUUGAAGUAUUUGAAAAGGAAGCUCAUCAAAUUACUGGUGUGAAAUAUUUAGGUCAAGGAACCAUAUAUCCUGACGUGGUGGAAUCGAUUGGAGGAUCCACCAUUAAGAGUCAUCAUAAUGUUGGAGGUCUACCUGAAAAGAUGAAUAUUAAGGUUGUGGAGCCUUUACGACUUUUAUUCAAAGAUGAAGUUCGUAGAGUUGGAAAGGAACUCGGUGUGCCCGAUUCAAUUCUUAAUCGACAUCCUUUUCCUGGUCCAGGACUUGCCAUUCGAAUUUUAGGAGAUAUUACUGCUGAAAAAGUUACUCUUUUACAAAAAGUGGAUCAUAUUUAUAUUACAGCAUUGAAAGAAGAGGGAUUGUAUGACCAAAUUUGGCAAGCUGGAGCAAUUUUACUUCCUGUUCAAAGUGUUGGAGUUCAGGGCGAUAGUAGAACUUAUGAAAAAGUUGUGGCUUUGAGAGCGGUCACUUCGGUUGAUGGAAUGACUGCUGACAUUUUCCACUUUCCUUCAUGGGAUUUCCUUGGUAAAGUUUCUAACAAAAUUAUUAAUGAAGUAAGAGGAGUGAAUCGAGUGGUGUAUGAUAUUAGUACUAAACCACCUUCCACUAUUGAAUGGGAAUGA